AGCGGCAGCGGCGGGUUGGCGAUUAUAGCUGGAGAUUGCAGGCGCAUUGAUUGCUGCCAACGGUGCGGAUGAGUUUCGGUGGACGUCGCGCGCGCGUGCCGUUGCGUAUACGCAGCGUCGGCCGUCGCUGUUUCGGUGACAUUGUGCGAGUGCACUUCCGCUGGGCCGCCAAACGCACUUUGCAGUUAAUUUAAGCAAAACACACACAUCCCUGGUGCGAAAUUAAAACAAAAGCGGGCAGCCUUCGCGCAUAAUGUAUAUAUUUUUCGGCAAAAUAUUAUUGCACAUGCAUCUGCAUCUGCUCUUGUCUCUUCGCCCUUGUGUUCUUUCCGCUUUCGUUGUCAUUGCCGUCGCUUAAUUUUUCGGUUUCAUUUCUGUGAUUAUUUUGUGCAAUUAAUAAAAUGUUGUCGCGCAAAUGCAUAUAAUAUCUAGGCACAUGAAACAAACAAAUGCCAGCCGUCGCACGUUCGUUAAGUCUUACAUGCCAAAUGGCCAAAGGAGAAGUAGACGCGGAAAAAACACGCCUGGCGAAACGCAGUGAAAAAUGCACAAACCCUAAUCGCAAUCGCCAGAGUUAUUUGUUAUGUGCCCAGUGCGAAUGCGAAAUGUAAAUGCAAAAUGCAGCAAUCGAGAGCCCAAGGCUGGAGGGAGGAACACACAUAUAACCAGAAUCCGGAAUCGCCGCCGCCGCCGUGAUAGCGAUAACAUAAAUAAGAACUGCCAAGCGAAUCACCGACGGCAGAGCCACUCAUCAGGCCCGAGAACGCUGUCUGUAAGCCAAGUCCACAGCCGAGCACACACUUGUAAUGCCAGAGCCCCGGGCACUGCAAUCCAGGGGGUUGAAGGGCGGGGGAGGUAGAUGCACAUAAAGAAAUAUCAUAGCGAUGAUGGUCCAUUAGCCUCUUGACGGAAAACUCGCUUUGUGCCAACAAGAAACCUAUCAAAUCAAAUAGUUGUCUUUAAGCCAAGUAAACCUGCUAUAUUCUGGUACUAACCUUUGAUAACCCAUCUUUAUUAUUAUUAUUUAGAAAUGGUACUUAAUGCAAAUCGAUUGGUGGGUAAUCAUCCGAAGCUUAGAACCAGAACCCCAUUAAAAAGUGUUUUAUUUUGUAAUAACUAUAAAGAUAGUAUAACAGCCCAGUAGGUCAAAAGAUAUUGUGGAAAUCGUUUUGCUGAUAUUUUUAUAUAGUUGUGACUUGUGUGGUAACAAUGAAAUUCUAUACCAAUUCCCUGGUGAGGGACACCCACAACCUUACCCGUCACUAGGGAACUCAACACCCAUCACAUGAAUUUCCCUGAUCGAUUGAAAAAAUCCAGAUGGUCGCUCCGUCCCUACCCCACAUGGAUUCAAGCGGCAAGGUCAGUCGGGAGUACUUAUCGGAAUGAUAAGAAUAUACCGACAAUCAUAACGUUCAAUCCGAAUUUGUAUUUUUAAUGGCACAUAAAAAGUUUCCCCAGAAAUACAUAUUUUCUUAGUGUACUCCGAGCGGAAGUGUUGAUAUUGCCGCUGCUCAGUCGCAGUCGCGGUCGCAGCUCAGUCGCAAUUCAGGCGGUAUAGAAAUUGUCAUCUCAUAACGACUUAAGCUGCUCGGCACGCAACAUGACCGGGCUGAGCAGCAUAGUCAGCAUUUCUGCACCUCCCAGCAUCCAGCUCACCCCGCUGGGCCCACCCACUUUCCACCCACUGCCAAUGCCCCUGGGGUCACACACACGCACACCCAAAGCCACAACAAACGCAUCCACAGUAUCUUGGAGGGCGGCGAAGACGAUGAUGACAAUGGGCGGAUGAUGAUGGGAAAGUCGUUUCUUUAAAGAUUGUGCCUCCCCCGCUCUCUGAAUUGGUUCUGUGUGCACUGAGUGAUUUUGUUUGCCAGCGCCGACUAUUUAUUUUCUAUUUAUUCGAUUUGCAUUUCCACUCGUCGGAGCCCAAAACUCCCCAGAUUCCAAAUGCAAAUCCAGUUCCCUAAGCCAUUUCGAACAUCUUCUGUGUGCUUUGUUUGGCUGUUGACUUGGCUUUCAGGCUCUUGGCAGCUCUUCGACAGCGGCGCUCUUCGACGUCCAUUUACCUAAUGUUGCUCAACUUGGAAAAGCGCCAGGGCGUGUCCGGAAAAAUCAACAACCCUUCGCGCCAUAUGGCUUGACUCACUGCGGCAACUCCGGCGUGCAAAAGACACUUUCGUUUUCCUAAUUAACAGUCUUGCAAUCCGAGAUGCUCAAGCCGACGCCGUAAAUCCAAAGAAAAUCCAAGCCAAAUCGACGAAAAAUUGUCGUAGGAAAUGUGCGAUAAAUAGAAAAUGAAACCCCCACGCGAGUGACCAACGUAUAAUUUAGAGCUCGUGGCCACCAAAAUUCGAGUGGCCAAUUUGUUGUACGCCAUUUGGCAACAACCACAGCUGCGGCCGACAACAUCAAACAUUCGGCCAAGAUGCGAGCGUUGGAAGCGUGUGCGGACAUGAAAAUAAAACAUCAUCAUCAGGAAAUAAUUCCAGGAGGCAUAACAUCGAAUAACAAUAUCUGAAUUAGUGGGAGCAGAGCUACGAAAAACCAACCACUUGGCCGAAACAAACUAAAAAUAAUUUGAAGCCCAAGAAAUGUUAAAAAUAAAACCAAAAGAAAUCAACGAAUAUUUUUUCGGCGGCAGCACAAGGCGGCGGCAGCCGCGGCCGUAAGGCGAAAAAAUAUGAACAGAAUUAAAAGGCAGCCGUUUGGAGCUAGAAAAAAACCAAUCAGCGUGCAGGAGAAAAAGCGAAUUUUUUACACAAAAAAAUAGAAGGAAAAUAGAAGCCGCACAGCAGCAGUAAAUAGCCAGAAAUUGUCGUCGUCGUCGUGGUCGCCGUCGUCCAGCCGAGGUAGCCUCCAUCAGCGGAAAAGCUGCGGAAAAUCAACGGAAAAGCGAGGCCAUCAAGAGCGUGUGGGCGGCGUUGGCUGGCAAGGACAGCCGUUGGUCUUUGACGUUGAGAGCCGAAAGCUGAAAGCUGAAAACUGAAAACUGAGGCAGCUGUAGCGGUAGCGGCGACGUUGUCGUGGCCACACGGGCCACUUUCGCGAAUCAAUUUCCGCUGCGGUGGCCGUUUCAGUUUUGGUUUCAACGUCGCUGGCGCUACGCGUGUCGUGAAUUCCCGAUGGCGGUCCUCCACUUGGCGAGUGUAUCAAUUUAGAAGUGCGAAGCGAUAAUACACCUGCCCCCCAAAAAGUGUUGAAUAAACAAAAGAGAGUGAGCUUUCAAGCCAAAGAUACAGCAAUAAUAAUAAGCAAGGGACUCGAUGUUGUUGUGCCCCCAAACCGAACUUGGCCCGGAGCCACCGCGGCAGAGGCAUCGCGGCAGUGCGGCCAGGAUACGCAAAAGAGCGAGAUGCUGCUGCAGCAAACAGGAGGAGCAGCAGCAGCAGCAGCAGCAGCAGGAGCAGCAGGAGGAGGAGCACCUGGGAGUUAGCCCCAGCCACAGCCGCAUCCCUAGUUACAGCCAAAGUCUGACGAGCCUGGCGCGGAUCACGGCGGCCGCCCUGGCCACGGCGGCCGUGCUGCACACAACGAAUGCCCUGGCCACCGGCUCAUCCACAUCCCUGUCCCCAUCCUCCGCCGCCGGAACAGCACUGCCAUCCUCGCAGCUUACUGCCACGCCCGCUUCACACGAACUGAAUGCCACCCAGCUGGGCGGCACUCUGGGCCUGAAUCUCAGCCAGAGCGGCGGUGCAGGAUCGAACGGCACCCACUCCCACAGCGCCGACGAGGAUUGGCUGGACAACAUCGUCUGGCUGUUCAAGGCCUUCGUCAUGCUGCUCAUCAUCAUUGCGGCCAUCUGCGGCAAUCUGCUUGUUAUUAUUUCUGUGAUGCGUGUUAGAAAAUUAAGAGUUAUAACGAAUUACUUUGUAGUUUCCUUAGCCAUGGCUGAUAUAAUGGUCGCUAUUAUGGCCAUGACAUUUAACUUUAGUGUGCAAGUAACUGGGAGCUGGAAGUUCAGCCCCUUCCUGUGCGAUUUGUGGAACAGUCUCGAUGUGUACUUCUCAACAGCGAGUAUCUUGCAUUUAUGCUGCAUAUCCGUGGAUAGGUACUAUGCUAUUGUUAAGCCGCUGAAGUAUCCGAUUAGCAUGACGAAACGCGUGGUCGGCAUUAUGCUGCUGAACACAUGGAUAUCGCCGGCCCUGCUCUCGUUCUUGCCCAUCUUCAUCGGCUGGUACACCACGCCCCAGCACAAGCUCUUCGUCCUGGAGCACCCGGAUCAGUGCCUGUUCGUGGUGAACAAGUACUACGCCGUCAUCUCGAGCUCCAUUUCAUUCUGGAUCCCCUGCACCAUCAUGAUAUUCACCUACCUGGCCAUCUUCCGCGAGGCCAAUCGCCAGGAGAAGCAGCUCAUGAUGCGCCACGGCAACGCGAUGCUGAUGCACCGCCCCUCCAUGCAGCCCUCAGGCGAGGCGCUGAGCGGAUCCGGGUCGUCGAAAACACUGACGCUGCACGAGGUCGAGCAGGAGCACACGCCCACUAAGGACAAGCACUUAAUCAAAAUGAAGCGGGAGCACAAGGCCGCCCGCACGCUGGGCAUCAUCAUGGGCACCUUCAUCCUCUGCUGGCUGCCAUUCUUCCUGUGGUACACGCUCUCCAUGACCUGCGAGGUGUGCCAGGUGCCGGACAUCGUCGUGUCGAUCCUGUUCUGGAUCGGGUACUUCAACUCGACGCUGAACCCGCUGAUCUACGCGUACUUCAACCGCGACUUCCGGGAGGCGUUCCGCAACACGCUGCUCUGCCUGUUCUGCAACUGGUGGAAGGACCGCCACCUGCCGCUGGACAUCGACAUCCGGCGCUCCAGCCUGCGCUACGACCAGCGGGCGAAGAGCGUCUACUCGGAGAGCUACCUCAACUCGACGACGCCCUCGCACCGCCGCCAGUCGCAGAUGGUGGACAACUUAUAAUAUAGGGACGAGGCGCUGCUGACCCCCAUCGCCCAGCAGCAGCAGCGGCUGGCGGCGGGCGGCUCCCGCCUGGGCGGGCAAUUGGCAGUGGCCAACAGGGACCCGCACCCGCAUCCCAAUCCGAGCAAGCCCAAGUCCAAAGCGGAGCACCUGGCCGGCGAGGGCGACGACGUGCAGGAGAUCCAGAUCGAAAUACCCAUGGAGUACAUCAACAAGUGGAACAAGAACAACAAUGCUGCCGCCUCGACGGCCUCGAGUCAUGUGUAAAUGGGAGUUGGCUUGGAAAUGGGCGUGGCAAUCAAUCGAUGGCAGUGGCAGCCCGUCAGCCGGGGGAGGAACCAAUUUAAUGCAAUUAAAAAGUUCCAUUAAUUUGUAAAAUUAAUAUGCCGCCUCAUGCGUUGGCUGACUUACUCGUAAUGUUGACAUUAAUCAAUCAUGCGUUGGAGCGUGCCAUUUCACUGGGCCGCCACUGUGCACUUCUCAUUUGCGUUUUUUACCUUCUUUUGUAACUUCUUGAAGCACAGUUCGGCGCCCUAAACGUGGUGCAACUUAUUUAUUUAUGAUUUCGCGUCGUUUAAACCUUGUUGUAAAUACUGAGUAUUUUUGUACGACUAAAUUAAGCAGAGGUUGUAAAAUCGUUAAUACAAAUGUAAUGUGUAUGUACGCCAAUCGAAAAUCUGUAAGCCGUAAAGCAUUUUGCUCACGAGAAGAAAUAACCAAAAAUAAAUUAAUUGAAAAGGCAAUCACUGCAACUCACGGAGCUAUGCUAUGUGUACGUAGGGACUCGCAAAAACCAAAAAGAGCUAAGCUAAACUGUGCCAAUUAAGAGAUCGAAAAUUAUAGAGACGCGAGCAGUCCUGCGAAUAGAAGAACCACACCCAACGCGAUUAAAAUCAGAGAAAUUUAGAAAGGAAAGCCCACAAAUUCACGGAUGCUAAAGCAAAGCUAAAACUAAGCUAAAACAAAGCUAACCCCAAUUGUUAUUCGAACGACAAUCGCAUGAAUUGAAAAUGCUCAAAACCUAACGUAAACCCUAAAACGUAUAUCAAGUAAACAUAGCGAAAAUAUAUAGUGAAGUCAAUAUAGGAUCCAGGCGUUCGGUCGAAACCAAAGUUGCUAGGCUAGAGCCCACAUAAAUUAACCAAAACUUAUAGUGCAUCGAUAUCGGACUAACCAAAUUACGUGUUUGUGCUUGUUUGUGCGUGAUUGUUUGUGUAGUGCGGGAACCGAGUUCCAAAACCGUUUCCGCUUCCGUUUCUGUUCCAAAAAGUCAAGUGCCGAGUGCGUCGUACAACAGGUAAUUGCGUUGCAGUUCCUGGAAUUAAGUUGACUGUGUAGCCUGUGAGGGCAAGGCUUGAGUACUGCUUCCGAAGUCAGCAACUUGAUUCCAGCAAUUGCGGCCCAAUAAUCCGCAACAAAGAAGCCAGCCCGUGAAUUUCGACUAUGAGUAGCAAUGGAAAUGCAAAUAAGGCGUAUAAGGCAAACGGCAGACAAAGCAUUUUGUGUUUCUCUGUAUAAACAACUAACGACCCAUAAAACGUUAGCAACAGUUUGCGAAACUUACCGAUUUAUGAUUUUCUCUUAAUCCGCAAGCCAAGCAGAAAGUCAAGAACAUUUGUCAAGUAAAUAAAUUUAUGAAAAACAAGGAGUAGAAACUUUUCGUUGCCGAUUUCCCAAGCUAGUCUGAAACAUAAAGAGAAAGCAACGCGGUUGCCACGACGGGACAACAAGGAUUAAGAGCCGAAGCUCAGCAUGUACCAUAUAGAGUGUGUAUAAAUAGGUGUCUAACUAAAUGUUAUAUUAUAGUAAGUAUUUAUUACACGACUUUCCUUGAAAAGAUAAAGUAAAACCACAGGCGAAUCCCCAAAAAACUUGUUAUAUUUUUAUAAACAACAGAACCCAAAAAACUAACUAUGUGUAAUUCGAGUUUGUAUAUUGACCAGUCUGUGUAUAUCUGUGUGUGCGAGCUAUUUAUUAUUAUUAUUAUUGUUAUUCUUACCGACAACAGAACUUUGCGUUGCAUUGUUUUGCGUUUUGCUGUGCAAUUUACCAGGCAAAACCACUAGGAUCCUAACAUUAAGCCCCGAGUGGGGAGACACGUAAACGGCAAACUAAGCUACUAACUAAGUGAAUACGAAAUUCAGAUGUAUUAUAGAGCAACAUAACGAACUUCAAGUUGGAAAACAAGCAGAAAAGCAAAAUAAAUUUAAAAACUACAAAUAUAGCCAAA